AAUACUUUGUUGAAAGACUGUAUUCUGAGCCGGCAUCAGCUUCAAAUGUGUGCCCACAUUGAUUUGUCCUGAAGCUGUGACUUAAGCAGCACAUUACAGAUGGUUGCAGGAGUGGCAGCUCCUUUAGGCCACAAGGAUUCUAUUAAGUGCCUUCGAAGAGGUCACCUAAUCUAUUGAAGGGGCCCCCGAACGAUGGAAGGCUCUUCCACACACACGCAUCUCCUCUACCCUCUACGUCUCAACAACAGGGUCAACGAUCUAGGAAUAUUAUUUCAGCUGCCUGGGAAAGGAGCGAGAGACCCUGGUAAAUGCUGAGGAGCAGUGUGAGUCGCUGAUUAAAUCCAAGAUGCAGCUGGAGGCCAGAGGCAAGGCGCUGUCUGGGCGGGAGGAGGAAGAAGAGGAGAUAAAUUCUGAGCUGACUGCCAGGGGGCGGAAACUGGAAGAUGAAUGUUCUGAGUUGAAAAAGGAAAUCAAUGACCUGGAAACAAUCUUGGUGAAGUCAGAGGAGAAGUGUGCAGCGGAGCACGAGGUCAGGAUCCUGACAGAGGAAGUGCACUCUCUAAAUGAGGCGGUCAGCAAACUUCGCAGAGCAGGGCAGGUCAUGCAGGAGGCCCAGCCGCAGACCCAGGAGCAUCUGCACACAGAGGAGGAGAAACUCAGCAUCUUGAGCAAAGCAAGCCUGAAGCAGGGCCAGCAAGUUGAUAUGUGAGCAGCAACAGGCUGACUGAUUGGCAAUCUGUCUUCAUAUGUACACAGCUCACAAUAUUUUCUUCUUUAUUAUGGCAUAAUAUGUAUACAUCUCUAUGGGUGACAAGUACAUUAUUGUAAUUCAAUCCAUAUCAUACUAUGUCAUGUUCAAAAGAAGGUAACAAUGUCCAACUCUUCAUACCUAUGUCAUUUGUAUGUACUGAGAGUGUUGAGUUUUGCACUUACGGUAAGAAUUCUUACUCUGUGUUGUGGUGCCCUUGGUUGAACAUCUUUCCCUCCUCAUGCUUCCCUUGGCCUUUCCCAGGCUGUAGCAACCACUCUUCCAUGUCCUUCUAUGAGACUGGCCCACUAGUUUCACCAGUGCUUGAGAACAUGUGCUGUUGGCUUUUCCAGUUCUGGCUUAUUUCUAUCAAUAUAAUGAUAUCCAGUUCCAUUUAUCUGGUUAUAACAGGUUUCCUUCUUUUUAUAGAUAAAUACUAUUCCUCCCUUUAUGUAUACUGACCUGUCUUUAUCUUCUCAUCUACUGUGAACAUCUGUAUUGGUUACAUAUUUCAGCAAUUGGGAAUAGUGCUGCAGUAACAUGGGAAGGUAACUUUAGGGAAUAAUGAUUUUGUGUCCUUUGGAUAUAGAUACCCA